AUUCGACUGUUCAUCAGUGACUUUGCUGUUUUGAUAGCGAUACUUAUUAUGACAAUUUUGGACUUCAACAUUAGUAUACCUACCCCAAAGCUAGAGGUUCCACAUGAAUUUAAACCAACUUUACCGAACAGAGGCUGGAUCGUCCCUCCUUUCAAAAACAACCCUUACUGGUGUAUACCACUUGCAAUUGUCCCAGCACUCCUUGGGACGAUCGUAAUAUUCAUGGAUCAGCAGAUUUCCAUUGUGAUAGUGAACAGAAAGGAGUUCAAACUGAGAAAAGGUUGUGGAUACCAUUUAGACCUUUUUGUUCUAUCAAUACUAAUCGAAAUAUGUUCCAUCCUUGGUCUUCCUUGGUACGUUGCUGCUACCGUGGAGUCAAUAACUCAUGUUAAUUCAUUGAAACAAGAGUCCGAAUGUACCGCCCCAGGAGAUAAACCAAAAUUUUUAGGAGUUAGAGAACAAAGAGUCACGCAUAUUAUGAUCUUUCUCACGAUUGGUUUGUCGGUGUUUCUGACACCGAUAUUAGGACACAUACCGUUGCCAGUAUUAUUUGGAGUCUUUUUAUAUAUGGGAAUAUCAUCUUUGGAAGGACUGGAACUCUUUGAUAGGAUUUUGAUUAUGUUUAUGCCGAAUAAGUAUCAACCGGAUUAUAUGUUUCUCAGAAAGGUAAGGUUAUUACCACCAAAAAGUUGUAUUACAAUUUAAGAAGGUUGGAAUUAAAGCCAAAUUUAGAAUCACCAAAGAAAACGUCAUAAAUGGUUUCCGACGAGUUCUCCAGAAAUAAUUCACCAAAAAAUAAUCCAUCCAAAAAUAACUCAGUGAAAAUCAAUUCACGGAUAUGAAUAAAAUCAUUUGAUGAACUGUAUGUAGCUUGGUUAGCUAAGAUGAUUGCAUGGUUUUCAAUAUUUUCGUUUCAAUCUAGUUUGUCUUGGUUGGUUAUAGGUAUGCAUGUAUCUUUAUAUUUGUGUUUCAUUCUAGUUUUUCGGAUGAUGUAUGCAACUUGGUAAGUUGUAGGAUUAAUGAACAUAGUUCUAAAUUUGUGUUACAAUAUGAAAUGGUAAAUUGUAUGUGUUUUGGUUGAUUGUUUUUUGUAUACCUAUUCACCAAAAUGGCCUGGAAUAGUAAAAAUGUAAGAGAAUAUGAGAAUAGAAAUAAUAUCUAUGAAACGUUAAAUAUCAUCAUUGGUAAUAAUCGUUACAGUGUUACUGAGAACCUUGUGACAUAUAGUUUUGUGGGAGAGUUACCUACUCGAAAUACUCGUAUAUCUCACACAUAACAUUUGAAUCCGCUACUAAUAAGCAAAUGAAUGAAAAAAAACUAUAAAAACAUUAGACUUAAACCUUGAGUAAAUUUGAAUUUUAGCGAAUAUAUUGAACUAUCCACUCAGUUGUUGGAAAAAGGUUCAAGCCAUAUGAUGUUUAUUGAAUUUACCCAGAUAUAUUUCUCUCUUUUGAGUCAGCUUCGUCAUUUCAUAUAUUUUUGUUGUUUUUGGAACUUAUGAAAUAAUAUUAAUCCAUUUCACAACUUCACUUUUGUUGGUUCUUUUGGAAUAUUUUUUUUUCAAACCUUUCAACUCGUUCACUAUGACAUUAACAGUUUUAGUCCAAGUUCCCAGGGCCACCAGACAUCACGUAUUUUCUGACGAAGAAAAUGUAGACGAUUGAGUACUGUUAGUAUGUAGGUACUAGGAAAGCAUGACUACCUGCUAGCUUGC